GCCAUGUACACGUUCGGUUGUUAGCGAUAUGACAGCGCGACGUUUUCUCUCCCGAGCGGGGCCCUCGAUGUGGCCGUCUGCUACAAUCGUGCUUUUGCUCCUCGUAGCGGCAACCAACGCCGGAAGCAGUGAAGAUAAACUGUGCCAGCCAAAGAAUGGAGGCUCUGGGAAGUGCAUGCAUAUCAGUUUAUGUCCAUCAGCUAUCCACAAGGUGUUCCAAGGUAUCAUGCCAGACAUAUGUGGCUUCCAAGGCAGGGUAGCCAUAGUGUGUUGUGAAGAUUCUGCUGCCUCCAAUCAACCAAUCACAGGAGAUCAACCAUCCAGAAAGCCUGAAAUAAAACCAAAUGGAAUACCUGAAUCAACAACCAAACCACCAAACAGCAGCCUUGGCUCACAGUUCCAGUCUUCCUCUACACAAUUUGGUAACACUUCAAGUCAGCAAAUUAGGGGGCGUAUUAGUGAAAAGAAAUAUGAACCAUGCCAGCUAAAGAAUGGAGGCUCUGGAAAGUGCAUACAUAUCAGUUUAUGUCCAUCAGCUAUCCACAAGGUGUACAAAGGUAUCGAGCUGGACAUAUGUGGCUUCCAAGGCAGUGUAGCCAUCGUGUGUUGUGAAGAUCCUACUGCCUCCACUCAACUAAUCGCAGAAGAUCAACCACCUAGGAAGCCUGACACACAACCAAAUGUAAUACCUGACUCAAUAACCACAUCACCAAACAGCAGCCUUGUCUCAAAGUUCCAGUCUACCACUACACAAUCUGGUAACACUUCAAGUCAGCAAAUCAGGAAGCGUGUUAGUGAAGAGAAAUGUGAUGAGUAUAAAAGGCCUUUGGAAGAGGCAGCUAAAAUUCCUUUUCCAUCAGUUCAUCAGUUCAUUGUUGGAGGUAAGAAAGCUGCUGUUGGAGAGUUUCCUCACAUGGAAAAUAUACCAGUAGUUAAUUGUUGCAUUGGAUUUUAA